GUCAGUGUGCUUCCGUUCGCUGCCAGCUGAGGACAUACACACAACUAGCGCCCUCGUCCGUGUGGCAGUAUUGUGUACCAGCAUUUCAAUCCCCAAAAUUUCCACCUCGAAUACCGGGAAUUAACGAUAAUGAUCUUGCGUGAUAAAUCGUUCUAAUUAAUAAAGUGAAAGAGCACAAGUGAAUAGCACUAACAACCAUUGUCAUGCGGACGAAAAAACAGGGUUGACAUUAAAUUUUAGGGGUCGCUGCAGUCGCCCAAACGACAUUGAUAAUUCACUCGUUGAUAAUAGUACGUUCUCAUCAUAUGUGCACGGGUAAUUGGCAUUUUCUAUUGAAAUUGACGACACUGUGACAGUGUAGUGGUGAUAAAUAUCCUCACGAGUACCAGUAACCGUGAAAUUGUAGCGGUUCUGGACGAGUAGUUGAUCGUAGUUACUCGGAGAGACACGAGUGGAGUAAUUAUGCCAGCGAUAAGGUGCCAACAAACGUCACCAAUACACGGUCGUACAUUGAAUUACGCCGGAAAAGGAUGCAGCGAGGUCAGUUGAAGGACAUAUCGUCCUGGAUGGCCCGCCUGCUCCCAGAGCCUCUGGACAAUUUCGCAAAAUCCGAGAGCCACAAGAUGUUCGGUUCUAGAACCACCGGAUCAAGCACAUUCUACACAGAUCUAGAGGAAACCGAUAAUGAAGAGACAAUACUCCGAGAAUUCCAUAAGAAUCAGGGCUCCCAGGACUCCCAGACGACGAGUGAGGAUGGGAACUCUCAGGACUCUGAUUCAGCUGUGUGCGUCGAGGAGCAACAAACACAGCAGCAAUACACAAGUCAUUCCUUCCAUAGAAUUGCCAGUUUUGGGGGCUUUCCAAGGUUCCAACCAUUUGUCAUGUCAACCUCGGCUCCUGGUGAAUGCACCACUACGGAGCGAAUCGAGGAGACAACUUCCAUUGUCCAGAUGUCACAUAGUGUGCUGGAGUAUCGGAGUAGCAGAUACACAACUUCAUCGAAGCAAACCACCAAUCAGUAUAAUCUACAAUCUUAUGAAAACAGUGAAUCAGAGAGUGAUGAGGAGUCCGAAGAUACCCGAUCAUCAGAUACGGAAUUACGAGUAAUUCCCGACGAAGGAAACGUCCCUACUGAAUUAAAGUCCUCUGCACGAAUAGACAAAUAUGAUUCCAAACGACAUAAAGCACAAAAAGUUGCUGAAGAACUUCUCAACACUGAGAAUAAAUACGUCCACAUUCUUCACCUGAUCGACCAGGUAUUCCAAUUCCGAGUUGACCAGGAGAAUCGAGCACACCCAAUGUUUCCCCCCGAGACUGUUCAACACAUGUUUUCCAACAUUAAGUCAAUUUACAAAUUUCACAACGACUUCCUGCUGCCCCAGCUUGAGGAGAGAAUGAAGAACUGGGAUACAAAUCCAAGAAUCGGGGAUAUCAUGAAGAAUUUUGCACCUUUUUUAAAAAUGUAUACGGAGUACGUGAAGAACUUCGAUUAUGCCAUGAACUUGAUAAGUACAUUACAGCAGAAGGUGCCACGAUUCGCCUCUAUUGUCAGUGAAAUUCAGAAGCUCGAAGAGUGCGCUAAACUCUCUCUGUCUCAUCACAUGCUGAGCCCCAUCCAGAGGCUCCCUAGGUACGAACUCCUUCUGAAGGACUAUCUAAAAAAUCUCAGCGACGACAGUGAGGAUUACGAGAACACUAAAAAAGCCCUGGAGCUCGUCUCGACAGCAGCGAACCAUACGAACGAGGCGAUGAAAAAAAUCGACAAAUUCAAGAAACUUUUGGAAAUUCAAGAAAGUAUUUACGACGCCACUGACCUAGUCAGCGCGACACGUGAACUCGUCAAGGAGGGUCGCAUUGUUAAGAUUUCAGCGAGGAGUGGUGAUCACCAGGAGAGAUACUUAUUCCUAUUUAGUGAUAUUCUGUUACUCUGUUCGAUAAGACUGAUACCAGGGCCAUUGUAUCGAUUGCGAGCCAAAUUUUUCAUCGAAAAUCUUGAGGUCGUUGAGGGUGAUAAUUUGGAAACUGCUAAUACAUUUUACCUGAGGUACGGAAAUAAAAGUAUUGAAUUGUACACUCAUUCUGCUACGGAGAAGGCGACUUGGUUGGAUGCACUCUUUCAAACUAUGCAAGAAAUCAUCAAGAGAAAGGCUAGUUUAAAAACAGGUAGCAAUAAAACCGCUCUCGUCAAGACUGACGAUGUCCCCAGGUGUAUGGUAUGUGAGGCCAUUUUUUCAGUUAUGAAGAGGAAGCACAACUGCAGGGCUUGUGGAAUAGUCGUGUGCAGCAAGUGUUCAAAUCAAAAAUUAUUGUUCGAGGACAAUAAAAAUAUGCGGGUGUGUCGUUUGUGUCAUGCAGCAUUGACUCAACCCCUGACUAAGUCUCCGUCUUCACCAGCUGGCCCGGUGCCCAGUCUUCUUCAGGUCUCUGCUACAGCACCGUCCGUAUUGUCCGGCUAUCUUUUAUUGAAAACUCAAGCGAGUAAACCGUGGGCUCGCAGGUGGUUCUCACUGCACCCUGAUUUUGUUCUAUAUACAUUUAAAUCGGAGACUGAGAGCUUGGCACUCACUGCCACCCCCAUGCCGGGGUACACGCUCACUGAGGGCAAUGAUCUGCCUGAUGAGGAUCCACUCAAUCCCAGGGAUAGGAAGGGAACUUUUAAAAUUCAUCAUUCUAGGAAGUAUUAUUAUCUUCAAGCUUCCUCGCAGCAGGAUAUGGACAGGUGGAUGCAUGCUCUCAGUCUAGCUACCAAGGCCGAGCUACCUCACCCACGACUAGAAAACGGUGCAGAAUCAUUAGGUCAGCCAGUGGGGAAUCCAGAUUCCUUGCACACAUAGAAAAGUAGAGAAAGAGAAUGAAGAAACAUAUAAAGAGAAAGCAACGCACAAAAGAGCUAACGUUUUUGUACCUUCGUAUUUAUAAAAUUGAAGUAGCCAAUUUUUACAUAUUUAAACACAUCAUCAGCAUUAGCUAUUUGUACAUUUAAGUGAGAGUUGAAUUAUGUUAUAGAAGGUGAUUUGUUGGUGAAAAUCAAGUCAAUUGACUAUCGCAACUGAAGCGCUUGUUGUUUUGUAAUAUUGUGUUAUAAUAUAUUUAAAUAUAUAUAAUUACAUCUAA